CUGCUGGCGUGUGGGUCUGCCCAGGGAGCUAUAUAGAUACUAUGUCAUGUGGACUCUCUUUCUUCCCUUGUGUGUGUUUGCUGAAAAACAGUAGUUGUAAGUGUGGCGUUCGUACGGAGCCCCUGGUCGUCUCACGGACUAUUGACCUGUACACCACUAAUCCACUGCCACCAACCAGGUCCUCCCUGGUAAAUCACUUAGUCUCAGUCAGGUUCUUAAGUUAACGAAGAAGAGUGUAGUUUAUUGCAAACACAAAUAAACUUUAACUGCAUUCAAAACGUUGUUACUCUUUACCUUCUUAGUCUUAUUUUAUCCUGUCUCUAACUCUUCUACCUCCCCUCACUCAAGAACCAACUGUACUAACUGUCUUUCUAAUUCCAACUGUCUGCCAACUGCUUUCCCAACUGCCUUUCCCAACCAACCAACCAACCAACCAACCAACCAACUAACUAAAACCAACCAACCCAAACCUCGGGCUAAGCCGUUUUAUAAACAGGUUGUGCAUUAUUGAUGGCAUGAACAUUUCUGUGGCAGCUUCUGCUGGGAGCCUGUUCUUUGUGUAAGGAGAACAACAUUAACGCCUUGAAUGUGCUUCUGAGAAACCGAUUGCCGUUUCAGACCACUGUUCAGCGUGGGCCCAGAUUGUUGUGUGCGUGUGGGGAAACCCAACAUGAAUUCAUCACUUCUUUCCUCGGCAGGAAACUAUUCCAUUCAGAAUGUCUCAAAGGAGGCUUCUGAACUCGUUCACUUUGAGGAUGAAGACUGUCACGUGCCUUUGGCGAUGGUGUUCACCUUGGCUCUGGCUUACGGGGCCGUCAUCCUUCUGGGCAUCUCUGGGAACCUGGCCUUGAUCAUCAUCAUCUUAAAACAAAAGGAGAUGCGCAACGUGACUAACAUCCUCAUUGUCAACCUUUCCUUUUCGGACCUCCUCAUCACCAUCAUGUGUCUUCCCUUCACCUUUGUCUACACCUUAAUGGACCACUGGGUCUUUGGUGAGGCCAUGUGCAAGCUGAACCCUUUUGUGCAGUGCGUCUCCAUCACAGUCUCGGUUUUCUCUUUGGUCCUCAUUGCUAUUGAGCGCCACCAGCUGAUUAUCAACCCGCGUGGCUGGAGGCCAAACAACAGACAUGCCUACAUAGGGAUUGCUGCGAUCUGGACUCUAGCGGUGGCUUCAUCUUUGCCUUUCCUGGUGUAUCACAUACUGACCGACGAACCUUUCACCAAUCUAACAAUAGAGGAAUACAAAGGGAAGUACGUGUGCUUGGAUUCCUUUCCACUGGAGGCAAUCAGGCUCGCGUAUACCACAGCUCUCUUGGUGAUACAGUACUUGGGACCCCUUUGCUUUAUAUUUAUUUGCUACUUAAAGAUAUACAUGCGCUUAAAAAGGAGGAGCAACAUGAUGGAUAAGAUGAGAGACAAUAAAUACCGAUCCACUGAAACGAAAAGGAUCAACAUCAUGCUCAUCUCGAUUGUGGUGGCCUUUGCGGUGUGCUGGCUCCCUCUGACCGUUUUUAACACAGUCUUUGACUGGAACCAUGAAAUUCUACCUGUUGCUUCUUGCAGCCACAAUUUGCUGUUCCUGAUCUGUCACCUCACGGCUAUGAUCUCUACCUGCGUGAACCCCAUCUUUUAUGGGUUCCUCAACAAAAACUUCCAGAGGGAUUUGCAGGUUUUCUUUCGCUUCUGCGAUUUCCACCCUAGGGAUGAUGACUACGAGACGAUAGCCAUGUCCACCAUGCAUACAGACAUUUCAAAGACCUCUUUGAAGCAAGCGAGCCCCAUUGCAUUUAAGAAAAUUAGUGACAGUGACGAUGAAAGACUAUAGCUCCCAAAGCUCCCGCAACAGAUGAUAUAGUUUCAGGGAUCAAGCACAAUGCUUUAAAGAAGUCAAUAUCUUCCCCUCUCCCUCACUGAGGAACUUUAAACUGUCACUUUCAUUUCUGUGGUUCAACUGCUGCUGGUCCCUAUCCCCUUUUUGCUGCUUGUAAAAACCAGAGUAAAUCUAUCUAAUCCCUAAUAUAUAAUGAAAGUUGGGUCUAUUUCUGCUUCAUCAAAAGAACGUUUUUGAGUCUUUUUCUUUGUGCAUUGAUACAUUUCUGCCUUUAAAUUUGUUAACUGUAUUUAUUUAAAAGAGUAUAUAUUAAUUGGGAAUGCAUACUAUUUCCAGGGGGGGGAGGUGUUACCCCUUCUUUCCCCAGAUUUUAUCCUCCCUGCCCAAAGAAUACUUGCAGGUAUACCUGGAAAGACUGUAGCUCAGUGGUAGAAAAUAUACUUUUCAUUGUAGAAGUUCCCAGGUAUCUAUCUGUGCCAUUUCCAAGUAGGACUACUUCUGCCUGAAAUCUUUGAAAUCCUCUGCCAGUUAGUAUUGAAAAUAGUUAGACAGAUGGGCCAGCUGUCUCGACUUGAUAACUAUCUAUAUUCCUAUGUAUCUGUUCCCCAUACUAAGCAAUUAGAAAAAAAUGGGACCCCCCCCAAUAUCAUUACUGUAGGAAUGGGGGAAAUAAAUGUUUUCAGAGGAAUGGUAGUAAAUGGGGUAGAUUACCAUGGGCCCCCUACCCCACAUAAGACUCAAGCCUUUAGCAUAAACCCACUUCUAAACAGAAUCAGGCCAUUCUGCUUUGAGCAGCUGUUUUGCAGCAGAAUCCUAACCAUGUGUUAACUCAGAAGCAAGGAUUUCAGCCUUAGUCUUAGAAAAUACCUUCCUGUGUCAGAAGCAACAGACUGCCAUUGAAGUAUUACUCCAAAACCUGCAGAUUAUACUUAAAUUUACACGAUUCGCUAACUGCGUCUGAGUUAUUUAAAGGUGUGUGUAAUUCAAAAUGAAAAAUGAACAGGAUUAACAGAACUAAAUAGCCAGUCGUGGACCCAGUCCAGCCUAGGAUUAGCACUUUAAGGCCCCGAUGUUAAGCACACAUGCAAGGGGAGUAAAUCACCCUGGCUAAGCGGCACCUUCCUCUAGGUAAGGAUUGUUAGGAUUACACAUCACACCCUUUAGCAUCCAUGGGGUGGGAUGUGUAAUCCUAACUAUUAUUUUAAUAUCUAUACUGGUGAUAGUUGGUUACAUGCUUAACACCCUCUCUCGUAAGUCACUGGGUCUUAAAAUUGUGCAGUUCAUACACACAGUAACUUUGACAGCAGUAUCCACAAAUAUAUUUGACUGAGUUUUGUAAAGAAACUACCUGUACCCGUAUAUUUUUCCCCACAGGGUAACUAGCAGCUUAAAUGUCUGUGUGGGUGUUUAAUUGGGAAAAUGAGGCAGGGAGCAAGGUUUAUCACUCCUGAGCCCAGUCCCACAGCCCUGAUUAGAGUCUCCUGACCCCACAGCUGCCAUUAAAGUCCUUUUCUUUAAAACAAAAAAACAGAGCAGGAGUUCUGGUCCCAGGUCUCCUAAUGCCACAUCUAGUUGUAUCCCAAGGGCAGCUCAAUUUACACAAAUGUACACAGGGACAAAGCACACUGAGAUGGUAAAUUAGGACUUAAGUCCUAAUUCUGAGGCGCCACAUUUGAUUAACUCAGUAUGCAGGCUGACUCACGACCUAAUAGGCAGUAUUAGCCACUGUUAUUGUUUCUAAGCAUCUCAGGUUAUUACAUAAAAUAUGUUCCAGUGACUUGAUACCAUUCGUAGUCAUUAGCCUAAUUCGGUAGCAUAAUUAUGCUCAUGGUCUGUGACCAGAUUUUCAUGGUUUAACCGUCUUGAAAGGUAGUGGCAGCGACUGCAUCCAUUGUGAUUUCUGACUGAAAACUAACUUGAUUAUUUGAGGCUCUUUGUUGUCUGGCAGCUAUGGUGCACCAUAGCAAUCUACACAAGCCAGGGCUGUCUCAUUCACAUAAAACUGGGGAAAUGUUCAGGGCUGUAGCCACAAGGUAGACAGCACCCCAUAAAAUAAAAAGAGGAAAUGGAAUGCCUAGGUGUGCUGCUCUGGAAAACCCUCCCCUAUCAACCUGUCCUUCAGAAGCAUUUCUCUUUUUUUAACCAACAACACCUUGAUGAAGGGGUUUCCUUGUCACACAUUGGAAAUGAUAUCUACUCUUUUUCUUUUGGCUUUCGAUGGCUUUCCCACCCUCCCUAUGCAACUGCUGUUGAUCCUCUGCUUUUAAAAUACGAACAAAGCAAUCCUAAAGCUGGCCAAAGGCCUGCUAAGGGACCAUUUGAAGUGGUGCAAGUGCUUUUCUGUGGUGAUGUACCUUACCCGAGAAGAUGCUAAGAUCUGUGGGCACAGAUACCCACUGGUGUUAAGCGUGAAAGAGGGCAGGUAGAAUGUGGAUAAUUUGGGGGGGGGGAGGGCUUAGAGCAGGCAUCCUCAGACUCGGCAGCCCUACAGCUGUUUUGGAACUACAAAACAAUUCCCAUCAUCCCUGACCACUGGUCCUGUUAGCUAGGCCCAAAACAGCUGGAAGGCCGAGUUUGGGGGUGCCUGGCUUAGAGACACAAGAUCCAAGGUCGCCUCAUUUUGCUGACAUGCCCCUGAAAAGGGCAAAGAACUAUACCAGCCCUGAAGAUGGCAUAGUGAUUCCUCCCUCCCUCACUGAUAUCAGUUGAAGGGAAUGAACAACCAAACCAAACCAAAUGGUGGUGGAAAGCUGACGCUGGCAGGGUUUUUGACAUGGCAGAGCAACCACCAUGAAAUAAGCUGGUGGGGCUGUGGAUAUGGCAGAGCAGUCACCAUAAAACCUCACCACCACCAAUAAGACUGCAAGGCAAGCUAAAUAGACCUUUUAUUUGUGGCCAUGUAAAGAAAAAACACACACACAUACAUCUAGUAUUUUAUUCCAGUAGCUCCUUAAGAAAUAAACUGAUAUUUUCCUCGCAGUUUGUUUGUCAAUGAGAGCCCUUUACUGGGCUAACUGACAAGGAGGGUUGCCCCCCCAAGUUACAUCCUUAUAUAACCCUUUUUUGAAGUCACACCCUCAUAAUAAAAGGUAAUGCUGCUACAUAACUAUAAACAUAUUAGGCUACUUUAGUUAGAUUCCAACUGUUCUGCAUUGAUUUCCCCAUAACUGACAUCUUUUUAGGCCUCCUCAGCGCAAAAUGUCUUACGCAGCAGCUUGGCUGGCGUGUGCACCUGUAGCAUCACCCCCCCCCCCCCGCAACACUGAAGUGAUUGGGCCAUCACCACCUCACACAAAACUCAGAGCUUGGUUGGGCUCUUGCAGAGCUUUGGAUUGCAGGGUAACAAUGUAUUGUACAGUCUUGUAGAUAACUAUAUUAUAUUAGAAGGCUUUCUGGUGUUCAGUAUAUAUAGUUACAGAGUUGGGUUGUGGGAUCUGUGUUGACAUAAAUUUAUUGAAGCAAAUGGAAAGACACUGUUUUCUUACAGCUGUUAAAAUUUCUAUAUAUUGAUUGUGCCUGUCAAUUCAAUAAUCACCAAGGGUCCAGGUCAGGCAUUCGUUCUUGUUCUUGUUAUUAUCCAUGCAGUGACCAAGGAAUUUAGUAUAAGUAACGGACAUACUUGUACCAAUAAUGAUGAUGAACUUUAUAUAUUAUUAUAAAUUUGCCAAGAAUAAAUGCCUAUGAGAUUAAAAUACUUAACUUUUCUCCAGUGUCUUGAAAAAUCUCAAACUAAAUUGUGCCUUGUGCAAUAUUUUGAACAAUGCAUUCAUACAGUGCAAAAAUCAUACAGUAGGUCCUUGUACUAACAUCAGUCCAGUUAUCAUUUCAUUGUGUUCUCAAUACUGUACAUAAAAUGUAGACCAAUGUACA